AUGCCAAUAAUCCGUUUUAAAGUGCUAAAUCAAAUGUCAAAAGUAAAUAUAAACUCAAACAGGAAAGGAAAAACCACUUCCAAACUCAAGUUGCUUUUUCUCAUUUUUUUAUCCUAUAACGUUCCAAGAUUUUAAAGCCAGGUCCGAAUGUCCAAUGUCAAUGAGAAUAACGUGCUACUUUUAAAUUUAAAAAUCAUUGGACCUUAAACGACACGCGUGAAAAAAAGCUGGAGACAUGAUUCGUGAUGAAGUACGCGCUUUAUGAGUACACAUAUAUAUUUUCCACCGGAAGUAAUGCAGAAGCCAGUCAUGCAUAUCUAUUUGCAUAUUUUGAGAGUAUAAAUAAUAGCGUGCGAAGCACGAGCUCCAUCACGUGUAACACUAGCCCCACACUACGGACAGAAGUUUGCUUUGUUUUUUUUUUAAAUGACUUUCCCUUUACUAUCCUUAUUACGCAAGAAUUCGGGCUGGUCCAUUUUCUUUUGGUCUGCUUUCAGGCCGUCGAUUUCCUGGUGAAAAAGACCUAUGUUUCAGGUGCGGAAAGCGCGGACAUUGGGCCACGACAUGUUGAAAAUUCCACAGCCCCUCCCGCCAAUCCCAGUCCUAAGUGCCAACACGACCACCUUAUUGGGGAGAGUCGCAAAAGAAAAUAUGAAGAGCCUUUAGAGCCAGUUGACAGUGAUGUAAACGAACACUGUGUGACAGACGGACAUAAGGAUGUUGUAGAGGUGAGCCAAUUUAUUCCUGAAUUCUAUCGCUUAAAAGGUGAAAACAGUUCGACUCCUGAUUGCGUUCAAGUAAAGGGUCGGUUGAAGGCACAUGUGGAAUUUUGGGUAAAAAUCCAGGCACCAAACUUUAUUAUACAGUGCAUAACUGAAGGUUAUAAGAUACCAUUUUAUGAAACCCCUCCGAGGGCUUCCUUCGAGAAUAAUGGUUCCACUAACGCUCAUAAAGAAUUUGUAACAAAAUCCAUUCAGGAAUUAUUGGUCACGGGGCGUAUUGUCCAAACUAGCGAGGAUAAUCUUCUCGUAAUUAGCCCUUUGUCAGUCUCUGUUAACAAGGACAAAAAACGUUUGAUUUUAGAUUUACGUUAUGUUAAUCAGCACAUAUACAAACAAAAAAUCAAAUUUGAAGAUUGGCGAACCGCCAUGAAUUAUUUUGGCAAAGGGAAGUUUUUCAAAAUUUUGACCUGAAGUGUGGGUACCACCACCUCGAUAUAUUUCCUCGAUAUAUUUUCGUUUUCUGGGUUUCUCUUGGCCCUCUGGUUCGGGCGAGAAGCAUUUCUACAUGUUUACAGUAUUGCCAUUCGGACUGUCUUCAGCCCCAUAUAUCUUUACUUUAACUAAUUCGUCCUUUGGCACAGCAUUGGCGUUCCCAAGGCAUAAUUAUCACGAUUUUCUUAGAUGAUGGGUUAGACAUGGAAAAUUCCCUGCAAGUAUCCCGGGAAACCGCAGCAACUGUACGGUCUGAUAUUAAGGCAUCCGGUUUUGUCCCAAAUGAUCAGAAAUCUGUUUGGGAACCCACACAAAUAAUUUGUUGGCUUGGCUUGCAAUGGGAUGGUGUUUUAGGGACUAUUGCUAUCAGUCCUCAACGCAUAGAAACAUUAUUUGCCGAUUUGAACGAUGUUAUUAAUCAGGAGAAAGUCAGUGCUAGGACUCUAGCAAGAGUGGUAGGACGGAUCAUUUCUACAGGUCCAGUCACUGGGAAUCUUGCCCGUAUUAUGUCAAGACGUUGCCAGAUGUCGAUUGCUAAUAUGGACACUUCGGACACUCCUUCUGUGCUUGACCACUAUUCCUUACUUGAGCUUAAGUUUUGGCAAGAUAAUAUCAAAGCGCGAAAUGUGAGAAUUUGUCAAUAGUUUUGCGAUUCGAACAAAAUUGUGUACUCCGAUGCCAGCAAUCAUGCCUGUGCCGCACUAGUUCUUGGAACAGAGCAUAUUGCACACCGCAUGUUUAGACCUGUUUACAGAAGAAGAGACAGUUACUAGUUCCAGUUAUCGAGAGCUCCUUGCUAUUCAGUUCGGGAUUGCAUCCUUUGAACCGCUUCUCAAGGGUUGUAGUAUAAAAUGGUUUACUGAUAGUCAGUCCGCUAUGAAGAUUGCCCAGGUUGGCAGCAUGAGAUUAGAUUGUCAUAAAUUGGCAAUCGCUAUAUUUUCUAUGUGCUUGAAAAGUGGGAUUCAAUUAGACAUUCAAUGGAUACCCAGAACACAAAACACUCAAGCGGAUUAUAUUAGCAAAUUCACUGACUAUGACGAUUGGGAGAUUACAACUGAUACUUUCCAGCAGUUAGAGGCCCUUUUUGGUCCACAUACGGUUGAUUGUUUUGCGAGUUACAGGAAUGCUAAGGUUAAAAAUUUUUCUCCAGAUAUUGGAACCCUGGUACUGCAGGGGUCGAUGCGUUCUAUCAGGAUUGGUCUAACGAAAACUGUCUAG